UGCUGUAAAAUUGGAUCCAAUGAGGCGCAAAGGGUAGGGACUUCAGUUUUGAAGCGCGAACAGUUUGAGGGCAGGGGAAAAUGGCGAAUUUGAACUUAGCGUAACAUUUUACUUAUUGCGGUUUUAUUUCACGAGCUUUCGUUUUACAUUUUGUACGUAGUGGUACAGUAUUUAUGGGAGUUUUGUUUGUUUUACAAGAAGACCAUUCACUUUGACUGUUACAUGUCAACAAAGGGAAGCAGCAAAGUUGUUUUUUCCAAAACAACGCUUACUAGCUACCUAGCGGGACUAAGUUAGCCAACGUUAAUUUCUGACCUGUGUCAGAUACGACGAUGUGAUAUUCGCUGUCAGCCAGAAAUAUUUGCAUGCUAACGUAACUUUAGGAAAUUUGCUAACUAUAUCAAUAUGAUAAAUAUGGUAAUGUUGAGCUAGCCCGUUUAACUGGGUAGAAGGGAUAGCUUCUAGGGCAACCUUCGGAAAGUUGUUCCGAUUACAAAAUGCUUCGCUUAUUCACUGACGAGAUAGGUUGUCUGGCUAACGUUAACUAGUUUAGUUAUUAGGAAAUCAAAUUUGAGUGCUUCUUAUUAGGUUGGCGGGCCAAUAUGGCCUCGCAUAAUGUGGUUUUUGUCAUCGACGUUGAUCAGCAAACAGAGUUUACAAUAGACAGCAGCAGUGUCAUUCCGCAUCCAUUGAAACAAUGGAUCCUGAGGAUUUUACUGUGUUUUGGAAACAAAUAUGGCAUCGAAAAAGUGCGAUGGGGAUACAAAUUCUUUUAUUCUCGGGUUCCUCGGAGUACUAACUUGAUUGCAAGAGGCUCUGAUCUCAAAGAAAUUACAGAAAAGUCGUUUGAUGAUUUUGAGUCGGAAUUCUCAUCCAAAUUCGAUGGAAAGGCAGCGACAUUGCCUCGUGCCCACCAGAAACUUCGGACCACCCCUGCUGCUGCGGUCCAGAACGCGACGAAAGAAGCUUUGCUUGAUUUUCAGUGGGACAGGCCCGACAUCACCUCACCAACUAAGCUCAUACUGCGCCCCAAAAGGGCAAGUCAUUUUGGAAGAGCAACAGCAUCACCAGACGAUGAACUGUCAAACCAAGGCAACAAUGUGUUGUUUGUACUCACCCGUUGUCCACAUUCACAAGCUGACAUGGAGGACUUUGUUUUCCCCCGUGGCAAUAACAGUAGUGGACUUAAAGACAUGUCUGACCAUAUUCUACCUAAAGGGCUGCAAGACAUACUUCUGCAACGUCGAGUUGUAUUGCAUUGGAUUGACACUACAGCAUAUUGCCAGGCAGUACACUGUGAGGAUAACCUCGGAAGUGACAUAAUAAGUGAUGCUUUGAGACAAAUGGGUGGCAGUGUGGUGCCCAUGGAUACCUUGCACUCCGUCUGCUACCCAAACCGCCAGGAGGGCCCACCGCAAGGAUGCCCACCUGCUGGUGAAGGCAGAGCCGUCUUUCCACUGGACUCCAGCAUCAGCUACAUCUUCAGCUCUCAGAAGCUGCAUUCUCUCUCCUUCCCAUUAGUUGGAGGGGUUCUCCGGUGGGGUCAAGAUGAAAAUGCACGCACUGGCAGUGUGUCCCUGAAGCCGAUGUCCAGUAGGCAGUCUUUGCUCUCGGCACCAGUGGUGAUCACGCUGAGAGCUUUGUUGCAUAACUGGGACUCACACAUUGUGGAGCAAGUUGUUACAGAGAGUUGGAUGUUACAGGCUACAGAUGAUCAGCCUGAUUUUAGCCACCUUAUGAAGGAGAUUUUAUCUCAAGGGAUUCACAUGGUGGCAGAUGUCAGUUGUGGAGGCCUGACACACUCGGCCGUGCUCUCGCCUCUGUCGACCCACACCGCUAUUCUAAGCAUCCUGCGGCCUCCGAUGGUCCUGGGCAGUGAGUAUGUGACCCCUGACCUGCGUGUGACCCCUGACCUGGCCUCCACGGUGUGUGAUGAGGAGCUUGCGGACCUGCCGGAUGUGGUCAGCAGCGUGCUGAGCGUGGUGUACGACCUCAUGAAGGAUGAAGACCGUUGUGAUGAGAAAGUAAACGGCCAGAUCCCUGACUGGGCCAACCAGGAGCUCAGACAUAGGUCCAGCUCUGUUUCGACGGGGUUGGUGGAAUACUGGUUUCCAGAGUCUGAUGAAUCGGGGGUCAGUGCAAACCUGAUGGAGUCAAUGAGGCUGCUCCAUGCUGCUCCAGACGAGGCAGAGCUCGAGGAGGGAGAAGAGCUGUCAGGGCCUCAGCAAGAGCUGUUCAGCGGCCUGUCUGAACUCUACCAGAGCAGCACUUCAGAAGGCCACCUGAAGGGCAAGAAAUGUGGCGCCCAGCGCACGCCGGUGAGGCAGAAGAUGAAGACGAUGAGCCGCUCGCUGCAGAUGCUGAACUUUGCUCGGCUGAACGUGAAGGCCCAGAAGAGCUGCUCAGACCCCGAGCCCCUGGGGGGCGGGAAAGGGCUGGAGAAGACGGGUAAACGGCAGUCAGGGGACCAGGCGAAGGCCAGCUCUGGCGCCAUGCACUUUAAGAGUGAAGCUGAGCUGCUCUCGCAGCUGAAGUCCCGUUAUCAUAAGGCAGUAGAGGAGAGGCAUUGCCCUCUCAGCUCCGUGGUGCAGAGUCUGCUGGGAAUGGUGAAAACAUUCUUGAAAUCCUCAAAUUCUUCCGAGGAACAGACCUCAACUUUAAUUGAGAAGAGCCUCUUAAAAUCAAGUCAAUCUGUUCGGCAGCUCUAUGGAAAUGAUUCAGAUACUGAGGGCAAAGUCAGAGAGUGUCAGUUGCAGGCAGCACUUAGGGUGGAGCUCUGCCAACAGAUGUCUUCCAAUCCAGAAAACAGUGACCGUUUGGAAGAGAUGGUGGAAGAGGUUACUGAUAUGUUGCGGAUUAUCUCCUUGACCAGAGAUCCUGUCUAUCUGGCCAAGUUCAUGCAGGAUGAGCUGUUGCCACUGUACCUGACAGCCAUUCCUCGCAUCCUUGCGGAUGUAUAUAACAGCCUUGGUACCCAGCUGCCGGAGGUCUUGGUUGCUGUGCUGCCGUCUGACUUCUUCAGUGACGAGUCUGUGCAGAAGGACAGUGUGUCUCCCGCGCCCUCCUCUGUGUCUGCCACGCAGAAUUCGGCUUCCGGAGAACGCCUUGAUGAGCUGCGCAAUCGCUCCGCACGCAAGAAAAGAAGUGGAAUGCUUACACGACAUCGAAGCCUGACUGAGGCAUCUCAGACUCUCCGUCAAAUUGAAAUGCCCCGAAAAUCUACCAGGGUGGUGAAAGAGACCAAACCAAAACCAAAGUUGAGUAUCUCUGUUGAGAAAACAAACCUUGAACAACCACCACCUAAAAAGCAAGAAGUACAAGAAGUAACAAAAGUGCGCAGAAACCUCUUCAAUCAAGAGACGUUCUCACCAACCAAAAAGUCCAAAAUGCCCCGAAGUCAUUCUGUGUCAGCUGUGGAGGGACUGAGGAAACGAAAACGCUCACAGUUGACUGAAAACAGCGAUCAUCAUUCUCUCUUAACAAAGAAAGUGACCGAGACGCCUUUACACAAGCAGGUUUCCAAUAGAUUACUACAAAGACAGAUGACUGGCAGGAGGUCAGGAGAGAGUGACGUGAGCAUCGUGGAAGAGUCACCAGUUAAACCACCAGCAGACGUAAGGAGAAGUCCCAGGAUUAAGAGCCUAACCCGGAGGCAUUCCAGUGUGUUCUAUUCUAACUCUCAACCACGUUCCAGAAACUUGGACCGAGUUCUCUCCUCGUCCCAACUCUGCAGUAGUGAAGGCCGCAUAGGAAGUAUUAGUGUUGGUGCAGUGAAAUCUCCUGUGCGACUCCUCUUUGGUGCCGCCAAGUCCCCUGAAAGACCCGCUACGUCCUCGGAAUCCACUGGUGUUAGAAGCAGCCGGAGAUUCCUAAUUGGGUCGACUGAGUCUGAUGUCUUUGAGAGUCCCAAUAAGACGCCAAGAAAAUCUCCAUAUAGAAUACCAACCAAAUCUCCUCAUAAGCUGCCUGCAUCAGUCAUGGGAAGUGGAACGCCAAGAAAAUCUCCAUAUAAAACACCAACCAAAUCUCCUCAUAAGCUGCCUCCGUCAGUCAUGGGAAGUGGAACGCCAAGAACCCUACGCUCAUCCACCAUGGCCUUGGGCUCUGUAGGCUCUCGGAGACUGGGCACACAAGGAGCGAACAGACGGACCAUGCGGGGGAGCCCUUGCAGAUCCCCGGCUCAGCGGGAGCCGCUUUUGCAAACUCCGAAGAAGAGCCCACUGAAAGGAAUUCUUAGAACUCCAGUGAAAAAAGACAGUCCGCUGAAAGGACUUGUUCGGACCCCAGGAAAAGGGAUUCUUAGAACCCCAGUGAAAAAAGACAGCCCACUGAAAGGACUUGUUCGGACCCCAGGAAAAGGGAUUCUUAAAACCCCAGUGAAAACCCUGCUUGACUGUAUCUCCCCUGGUGGUGCCCAGAUGUUUCAGAGCCCCAGCAUCAGAACACCAAAAAAGAGUGUCACUUGGUCUCCCUCGCCUAGGAAACUGCAGGCAGAGGCAGUCCAGUCACCUUUCAAAGUUCCAGAAUCUCCAUGCUAUCCCACUCGAAUAUCACCAAGGUUACUGACACCAGUUAAGUUUUGUAGCCCAUCAAAGAGUGUAAGACAUGGAUCAAAUGUUUUCAAGACACCAGAAAAAUCACCUCAGCGAAUCAAUCAAACUUCCCCAGUAAUACCACUGCAAAAUUCACCUAGACGUGCUCUUAGGAACCUGCGCACUCCUGUAAAAGAUGUCCAAGCAGUAGAAGAACUGACUACCUCUGGAGUCCAAAAUUCUGCAAAGUCUCCGUCUACACCAAAGACCCCAACCUUGAUUUCAGGGCCAACCCACUGCAUGCUGACACGCUCCUCAAGGACGCCACUGAAGGACUCUCCUCAUCAGUCUCCUAACCACACACUGGCGACGCCAGACAAAACAAAUGUAACCUCAGAGAAAUCGGAUACCAUACUGCAAAGAACUCCUGAGAACAUUUCGUGUAAUAGUGACAAUGUUACCCAGGGGAGGCAAUACAAUCUCCGAAGAUCACCCCAUGAACGUUUACCUUUACAAAACAAUGAAGGAAGCCCCAAAACCUUGAAAAAAGGCCUAAAAUCUCGGUAUGAUCCUGGCCAGUCAGCUGAAAGAGGAGUACAGGAUGGCUCUUCCUCAGACUCACAGCACUUAGACUCAUCUCAGUUCAGUGCAGUCACAACUGAGGAUGAGAGCAUGGACAUUGCUGAGGCCUCUAUAGUGAAAACGCAGCUCACGGGUGGGCUUAAAAUGAACAUUUCCUUUUCCAGGAAGUCGUCCAAGUCCUCAGAUGUCUUUGAGUUUGCAGGCUCACAGAAGACUGAGUCUGGUGCCACCACGCCCUCACAAAAAUAUGGUUUCCGUCAAACUCCAGACCGCCGACAGAGAGAGGCGGCAGCCCGUCUUGGUUACUCUACAUCACCUCCCAAGUUCUCAACCCCACGAGCCUCAAAAGCUCAGCAGAAGACCGCCAACACUUCUAACACCCUCACUUAUCAAGUAGAGCUGGAGAUGCAGACUUCUGGCCUUCCCAAGCUCAGAUUUAAGCGCACAGACUCUUUUGGUGGUGGAGAUGCCUUUGGCGAUGGUAUGGCUAAAGUGGCCUCUCCCAAUGUUAGGUUUUCCAAAACGACUCGAGUUGAAAGUCCUUUGACGCACUGCGGUAAACACCGUGAUCCCAGCUGCCGCUCACCCUCACUGUGCCCCCGUGGCACCCCCGCCAAAGGCACGCCGGGGAAGGCGAGCAUACAGACGUACAUAUGUCAGUCCUACACACCCACACACACCCCAGGUGGCACACCGUCCCCAACGCCCGCAGCUGAGCCGAUUCCCUGGACCCCAUCCCCACAGAGUCGGGGGCGGUGUACCCCGGACAGCCUGAACAGUUGGCCCCGCAAGAAAAGAGUUGGAGUUGUGAGCAACAAGGACCAAGGCAUAUGGGGGCAACCUUUACUGGAGGAGAUGGAGGAACUUGAGGACCCAGACUUGGACGGAGUGUUCAGGUUGCAGGAGGUGGAGGAGUGCAAGGACCUUGGCUUUACGUCCAGGCUUAGGAAGACUAGCGUGGAACCAUCUCCUGCUAAAGGGCUGGCUAAUGUCCCACUUGACCAAGCUGAAGAUAUGGACUGGACAGAGGCUUUGGUCCCACAGUUUGAUGCCAAAGAUGCUCUAAGAUGUGAUGAUAUUCCAUGGCUGUCUGGAAAAGACUCUAUAAGUGCAGUAGUGACUCCUCCCAGCUCCAAAGUAAAGAAGACCGUGUCUGCCAGUGGAAUACUGGCUCUCACACAGUCCCCACUGUUAUUCAAAGGCAAAACCUCGUCGACAGCCAAAAGAACUGCUGAAAUGGAAGAUGAAUCCCGCAAGAAUGUUCUUUUUGAAGUGGACCAAUCCCCUUUGAAUCAGCCACGUCGCCGAAGAGCCUACAGCAGGAAAAGAUUGCUUGACUAAUUUUUUGCUUCUUCAGCCUUAGCUGUCAGGUGUGUGACUGAAUGGUUUGCAAUGGCCUUUGUAUUUCAUGUAGUUGAUGCUUUGAAUAUUUUCUCAAAAGGAAAUUGUAUUUAUGUGCAUUUUUACUUGUUUUAUUGUUAAAGACCUCAUCAAGUCUGUCUUUAUAGAUCAAGGUUGAAUGACUCUUAAUUUAUUUUUCUUCUGUUUCAAUAUGGACUUUAAACUUGUAUGUUCUUUUAAAUGAAAAAGGUUUGUACAUAUGUUAUAUAAUGUGUAAAUUUAACAGAAUAUUUUAAUAAAGACAUCUUGAACCCCU